AUGGCUCAUGACUGGACCGCCCCGACUGAUUCCGGGACUUUUGAGGCCCUCUUCGCAUCCGAUCCCGCAGACGACUUUCUACCGCCACAUUAUUAUGACGGCUUUAUACCAACAUUGAGCGACUCUUGGCUAUCAACUGCAAUGGCAAAUGACAUAGAUUUGCCAGACCCGAGUUUUCUACAGUUCGACGGUGGGGUGGACGUCACGUGGAAUGACAUGAACGAUAACGACGCCUUUCCUGAACUCGACCAGAUCGAUCCUUUCUUGGAGAGUUUGAGUCUUGAUGGACCUUCAUCGAACCUCGGUAGUCUCGAGUGGAACCAGCAGAUAUUGUCAGAUUCAAUGCAUGGCCAGAUACCCGACCUAAUGGAAACCACGAUCGCGGACUACGAAAGGGAUACCAUCAUAUCGAGAGCGCUCGUGGUCAAAGCUCAAGAAUUGAACGGUAGUCAGUCAUCGUCUUUAGGACCGUCUGAUGUACACAAAUCUACGAAGCGCUCGGCAUCGAACACCGCAAAGCCUCCGAGGACGAAGCUUCCUGAGGACGUACGCGCAACAUUAGAUGAGUACUUUGGUUUCAAUCCAUACCCUUCAGAGAGCGAGUACGCUUUGCUCUCUGAUAAAACCGGGCUUUCAACACGAGUGAUCAGGACUUGGUUCGCGAAUGCGAGAUCGCGCAAGAUUCCACAAAGUAAGAAAUCUUGA